CUGCCUCUAGUCUCCGCCGCCGCCUGCCCGAGGAGGCCCGGCCUGAGGGCGGCGAGAGGGACGGAGCGCCUCCCCGCCUGCCAAGAUGGCGGCCCCGAGCAAGCAAUAUGGUCUUAUUUUUCCCAAGAAAGCGCAACAGAAAACCUUAAUCAAGCAUUCAGUGUUCAUGGAGGACUCCGAUGACGAGGCUUCAGUGGGUGAGAGUCUUCAAAGAGAAGCUUUGAAAAAGCAAGCAAUGAAACAAACCAAGCUUGAGAUCCAGCGGGCACUGACAGAAGACUCUACAGUAUAUGAAUACGACAAGAUUUAUGAUGACAUACAGCAGAAAAAAAGAGAGAGUCAUACUGGCUUGCUUUCUGGAAAAGAGGAAAAAAAGCCCAAGUACAUCCAAAAUAUACUCAAGGCAGCCGAGCUAAGAAAGAAGGAACAGGAAAAAAGAAUGGAGAAAAAAAUCCAGAAGGAGCGUGAAAUGGAAGGGGGUGCAUUUGAUGACAAAGAAGCUUUCGUGACAUCAGCCUACAAGAAGAAGCUGCAAGAAAGAGCAGAAGAGGAAGAAAGGGAGAAGAAGGAGGCAGCUCUUGAGGCUUGCCUAGAUGUGACCAAGCAGAAAGAUCUCAGCGGGUUUUAUAGGCACUUGCUGAACCAGUCAGUGGGAGAAGAGGAGGUGCCCAAAUGCAGCCUUCGAGAGGCCAGGGUAAAGGAAGAAAAACCUAGCGACUCCAGACCAACCAGCAGAAGCCCAGAAGUGAAAAGAGAACCUCCCGUCCCUUUAAGGGGAGGCAGUAGCCCAGAUAUAGACAGUGAGGUGGAAAUGAGCAGCCCUGAUAGGGAGGACAGCGCAAAAGGUCACGCAGACGAGAGUAAAGAGGCCCGGCAAAGAAAAGCCGAUCCCAGCGGGGAAGAUUCCAAGCUUUCCAAGAGCCAAAGAGAUUCGAGGUCAUGCAGUGAGGACAGAAGUAGCCGCGCCAAGGUGUGUGCUGCUCACCCAGAAAGGGAGGAGGGAGGAGGAAGCAGGAAGGAAAGAAGUGGUCAACACAGGGAAAGAGAUCCAGAGAGAAGACAGAGAGACAAGGAAGAGCACCCAAGGUCUGAGGAUCAUUACAGGAGGCAAGAAGAACGGGACAACAAACAGAGGAAAAAAGACAGGAAGGAGAGAGAAGACUAUAACAGAGAAUCAAGGAAAGAGAGAAAGAGAGAGAAGCAUUCACGUUGGCAGCAAGAAGGGAAGGAAGGGGUGAUAAGCAAUAAAGACCAUGGCAAAGAUGGGGAAAGGGAAGAAAGAGACAAAGGUGCCAAAAUUAGAGAGCCAAAGGACGAGAAAGAGAGGAAAAGCAGUAGCCCCCAGUCCUCAUCAAGUGCUGACCGAAAUGAGAGGGGAGAAGAGCAGCCCUCGGACUUGGAGAGAGUAUCGGGGCUGAAACACAGAAGUGCAGGGGAGGAAACAGAGCAGGUGCAGAAGCCUCUAGCCAGCCAGAACAAAUUUGCGAAGCGUAGCAACGAGGAGACUGUCAUAUCUGCAAGGGACCGCUACUUGGCUAGGCAGAUGGCGCGUGUCAGCACCAAAGCUUAUAUCGAAAAAGAAGAGGAUUAGGUUGUACGUUGUGGAGAGAGUGCUGGGAGGUGGCAUGUGCUCCCUUGUUGGGAAUAUUGGAGCCACUGGGCGUUAUCCGUGGAAGGGAGAUUUGCCCUGACCACGUCUCUAGAGUUUCCCAGAGAAUGCACCUCUAUGUAGAAACAGGUCAGGAGCUUUCAUCUCUGCACACGGAGCAGACAGCUUCAUUGGGGCCUGCUCACCCUGCCCGGGACCAUCUCAGCCCCUGUCCCCCCUGAAUUAAUUGGGCCUCCUUAUACAGUGAGCAGCCUGACCCUAGUGUGUGUGUGCCCGUCACAACCUUCACAGGUGGGCUCCUCUGUACCCUACUGCCCAACAGGGAAGACACACUUGAAAAUUGUAUCUGGUGAGAAAUACAAAUGCAGCUGUCGGCAAUAGUGAUCAUACAGGAUAUUUAUUGAUUUGAAUGCACCCUGCACACACAGUUUAGUCCUGUAAUAGAUAUAAAUGCUGGAUGCUUUUGUUCUGGGGUUUGAAACUCCUGCUGUACAGAAAGAUUGAAAUAAAAAGAAAGAUUUGUGUCUUA